GAUGAGGAGGGCGAGGCAGUCGGCAGCGCUCACAACACUGAUUUCCCCGACAGCCAGGAUCUCUUCAUCACCCUUACAGAGAUCCCCUACGAAGCGUCCCCAGCCGUUACCCCGGACACAGAAUCUGGGGAAGGAUCAGCCACCACAUCUGCGACUGUCUCACAACCUAGCCUGGCAUCACACUCCCAGAGGCUAGCGAAGAUUAGGCAUAGGAAGAAGAGGACACGGGAGGACAUGUUCUCUGAACUUAUGGCCUGUUCCCAAGCCCAGGCAGCACAGCAGACCCAGUGGCGGGAGAAAUUGACCCAAAUGCAGCAAGCAAACAUGGAUCAGGAGGAGAGGUGGCGGCAGGAAGACCAGCAGGCGACUCAAACGCUGCUUGGACUACUGAGGGAGCAAACGGACACGCUCCGGCGCCUUGUGGAUGUUCUGCAGGAACGGAGGCAGGAGGACAGAGCCCCACUGCAGUCCAUCUCUAACCGCCCUCCCCCGCCACCAAGUCCCAUACCCACCUCACCCAAAGUGCAAAGAAGGAGAGGCGGCAGAGUCCCUGCUAACUCUCACUCCACCCCUGCAGAGAGCUCUAGUAGCAGAAGGCUCUCAUUCCCCAAAACUUGAAAAGUUCUUUCCUUCCCGCCUGACACAAGCCCCCGUCCAAGUUUCACCUCCCAGUUCCAUGUGUAGUUGAUAAUAAAAAAUACGUUCAUGUUAAGUACUGUUUCAAUGAUGUUCUUUUGGAGGAGGAGGGGAAAGGGGGUUGGUAAUUGGACAGGACAGUCGCCUUUGGCAGGGUACAUAGGCGGGGGCAGGCACAGCAGCAGGGCACAUACACAGUGCAGUGAUGCAGUGACUAGUUACCCUGGUUAGUCUGGG